AUGGUAUCUAACAACGGUUUAGAUACGGUCAUCAACGCCGUUAUCGGAUGUUCGGCCAUUCUCGGAAACGGUUUGGUGAUUUUCGUCAUGACGGUCAGACGUGAUCAGUUCAGCUCCUUCACUAACCGACUUAUCCGUCACCAACCCAUCAUCGACUUCAUCUCUGGUUUGGUGUUUCUCCUCGUGACUGGGAUCAAACAGAGUUCGCUUUUUGAGGAAGUUGAGGACAAUUUCGUGGGUGUUUUUCUUUUCUUCAAUGUCGCUAUCGGAUGCUCGGCCAUCCUCGGAAACGGUUUGGUGAUUUUCGUCAUGACGGUCAGACGUAAACAGUUCACCUCCUUCACUAACCGACUUAUCCGUCACCAGUCCAUCAUCGACUUCAUCUCUAGUUUGGUGUUUCUCCUCAUGACUGGGAUCAAACAAACUUCGCUUCUGGAGAACGUGGAGAGAAAUUCCUUGAGCAAUGGCACAGUCAACCAGCAAGCAGACGGUGUAUUGAGUAAAGCAAAGCGAAACGUCAUACUGACAAUGUUAAUAGCUGGUAUCAUGUUUUUCAUUUGUUGGACACCAUUGGAGAUGAUGCGGUUUCUUGUUACUCUCGGAAUUACACGGGAACCAAACGAGCUGACCAGAACGAUUUUGACCGGGUUGGUCAUGUGCAACAUGAGCGUGAAUCCAGUCGUUUAUUGCUUCAAAUACCAGCAUUUCCGUACACAGCUCAAACAACUUGUACGGAGCCGAUUUGGUCGAAACCGAGUGCGCCCUGGAGAGGAGUCUAACGGGACCUCCUUAGCCGUAUUACCGAUACAACAGACUGCAACAGCAUCUGUAAGCUAA